CGCAUCACCCCGCUGCGGCGCUGCCUCUACCCCUCACUAUCAGGCCCAAGGUUGCGAGGAGAGGAGAUCACAGUGUGAGUGUGGUUGUGUGGGGCAGGACACAGUGGGCAACCGGCAGAUUCUGGGAAGACCGUACUUUCUGCUAGCUUCUCCUUUGAUAUUCCGCGGGAGACAAAGGAAGAUGAAGUGGGUGGCGGUGGCUGUGAUGCUGACGGCGGCGCUAACGGUGCAAGCAUCCAAUGAGGAGAACUCUGUACAGGCUCAUCACGGACACCUGUGGGCGGUGCUGCUCGCUGGCUCUACCAGCUGGAUGAAUUACCGCCAUCAGGCAGACGUGUGUCACGCCUACCAGAUCCUGCACCAGCAUGGCGUGCCAGACCAUCGCAUUAUCGUCAUGAUGUAUGAUGACCUCGCCCACAACGAAGAAAAUCCAACUCCCGGUGUGGUGAUCAACCGACCUGAUGGCCCUAAUGUGUACCCAGGUGUGCUUAAAGACUACACAGGCAAGGAUGUCACCCCUGAGAACUUCCUGAAGGUGUUGCGUGGAGAUGCUGAGGGCAUGAAGGGUAUUGGAUCUGGCAGAGUUCUUAAAACUGGUCCCAAUGAUAGGGUCUUUAUCAACAUGGUGGAUCAUGGUGCUCCUGGUCUCUUUGCCUUCCCAGAUGAGAUUCUGAAUGCCACCGACCUAGCUGACACAUUGCUUGACAUGCAUACGAACCAGAAGUACUUUGAGAUGGUGUUGUAUGUGGAAUCAUGCGAGUCUGGUUCACUAUUCAAGAACCUCCUGCCACAUGACAUUAAUGUGUAUGCUCUGAGUGCAUCCAGCCCUCAUCAGCACUCAUAUGCAUGUUACUUUGACAACCACCUGGGCACCUUCCUCGGCGACGUGUUCAGUGUCAAGUGGAUGGAGGAUUCAGACAUUGAAAAUCUUCAUUAUGAGAGUUUGAAGGCACAGUUCCUGCUGGUACGGAAGGAAGUGAACACCUCGACUGUCAUGCACUGGGGUGACCUCAAGCUGGGCAGCCAAAAAGUGUCCAGAUUUCUUGGUCCUAAGAAGCCUCACAGCAAGCCAGCUCCUCUAAAGUCUGUGGCUUCCAGUAGGAAUGAUCCAUGUUUGACGACCUCGGUGCCCAACCCCGACGUGCCCAUCACCAUCUUGCAGGCCAAGAAACGCAAGGCUGAGACUCCUGAGGAACAACAACACUGGCAGGAGCAGAUUGAUAUCCUACAUAACAACCGACUGACCUUGAAGAUGGCGAUGUGGAACCUGGUAAGGGCAGUGACAGGACAGGAGGAGAAGGCAUCAUACAUGUUGAGCAGCCACCACCAGCAUGACAUUGUGCGCUGGUCCUGUUACCUGGAUUCUGUGAGGAUUGUGCACACCCGCUGCUUUAAUCUGGCACAGAAUGUGUAUGGCCUGCGACUGCUACAUGCUCUGGUCAACCUCUGUGAGCAUGGCUACACUGCUGAUCAGGUCCUGCAAGCCACUGCCUCUGUGUGUCCCAUCGCUGUCAGUGGGGUGAUGUAAGAAAGGACUCCUAUUGCCACUACUGCUGCUCACACAUGCCAGGAGAGAGGAUUUACAUUUAAUGGUAAUGUGAUGAACUGUAGGAGUAGGUGUGGGUGGAAAGUACAGUAGUGGGGUCUCGAUCUUUCUUUCUUAGGUUCUUUUCUUUCCUUGUCUUCUGUACUCUCUCUCUCUCUCUCUCUCUCUCUCUCUCUCUCUCUCUCUCUCUCUCUCUCUCUCUCUCUCUCUCUCUCUCUCUCUCUCUCUCUCUCUCUCUCUCUCUCUCUCUCUCUCUCUCUCUCUCUCUCUCUCUCUCUCUCUCUCUCACAAAAGCUGUGGUGAGGGUCUUCCAUGCUUAGCUUUUGUUGUGCAAUCUUGGUCAUCAUUUAAGUAACACACUGUUCUCAUAUCCUCUUAGUUAAGCAAUUUCCCUCAAUCUUCACUUAUCUUCUAUUUUUUUAGAAUUUAUCAGUUGUCAGUUUGUUGUUAUGAGAUUGUCAUGAAGUUAUUGACUAAGUAACAUAGUGCAUUAAUCUCCACAUAGUUUAAUGUUUUUCCUCAUAUUUGUUUGCAAUCUGUUGUAAGUUUGUUGUUUAGAGGUUGUCUGCAGGUGAGAGGACUGAAGGUGAUGGAGAAAUGUUAUACUGUGAGAGGGAGUGUAGGUUACUUGGCUGGUGAUCGUGGCUGUACCUCAAGGAACUUGUUGAGAUAAAUGCAGUGCAGUGCAGUAAAUGUGCUACAGAAUUGGCUGGCUGAUUGAUUUUGGUGCUACAACAGUGGGAUUAUGGUGCCUCACAUUGACCCUUUCACUGUGAUAGUCCUUAGGAUUUAGUGAAAGGGUUAAGAAUAUUUUUUUUAAGAAACCUAAAUAUAAUUGUGAAAGAUGCAGUUUAGUAAAUUUAUAUAUUAUGCUUACAGUUGUCAGUACAUUGCCAAUAUGUCAUUCAAUGAAAUUUGAAUAUCAAGUUUAUUUAUCAACCUUCAUGAAUGUUACAAGCUGCUUAAAGAAGAGAACAUUACAGUAAACCUAUUGAAGAAUG